AUGGCGCAGAGAGUCUCAUUUUCGUCGAGCCAGCAUCGUCGCCGUGACCUCAGCACGGCCCUUCCCCUCCUCUCGCUCGUCCUGCUCUCGUCUCUCCACGCAGCGAUGGCCUUCCGCUUCUCCGCGGGGCUCCGCGCGGACAAGCUGCGCGGGAUGAUGCGCGGAUGGGCUCAAGGCGGACGCUCGACCGGCCAGCAGCAACAACAGGGCGGCGGAACUAACGGAGGCGGGAUCGGCGGCGGCGGAAUGGGCGGCGGCGGAAUGGGCGGCGGCAUAAUGGGCGGCGGUGGAAUGGAUGGCGGCGGAAUUGACGGCGGAGGAAUGGGUGGCGGCGGAAUGGGCGGAGGAGGGAUGGGCGGCGGCGGAAUGGGCGGCGGCAGCACGGGAGGCGGCGGAAUGGCCGGAGGCGGCAUGGGUGGCGGCGGAAUGGGCGGCGGAAGCAUGGGAGGCGGCAGAAUGGGCGGCGGUGGAAUGGGCGGCGGUGGAAUGGGCGGUGGUGGAGCGGGAGGGGGUAUGGGCGGACUUGGGUCCUCUGCCCCCGGAUCACAAGCAGCCAUGGGUCUUGGGGGGAACAUUGGUGGCGGCGGGAUGGGCGGCGGAGGAAUGGGAGGCAUGGGCGGACCUGGGUCCUCUGCUCCCGGAUCGCAGCCAGCCAUGGGCCCUGGGGGGAACAUGGGCGGAGGCAUGGGCCGCGGCGGAGGAAUGGGCGGCGGAGGAAUGGGCGGCGGCGGAGUGGGCGACGGAGGCAUGGGCGGCGGAGGCAUGGGCGGCGGAGGCAUGGGCGGCGGAGGCAUGGGCGGCGGAGGCAUGGGCGGCGGAGGCAUGGGCAGGUCAGGGUGGGUUGCUCCAGGGUCGCAGGCAGCACCUGGGCAGGGUGGACCUGGGAUGGGCGGAGGGAUGGGCGGAGGGAUGGGCGGAGGGAUGGGUGGAGGGAUGGGCGGAGGGAUGGGCGGAGGGAUGGGCGGAGGGAUGGGCGGAGGGAUGGGGGGAGGGAUGGGCGAAGGGAUGGGCGGAGGAAUGGGCGGAGGGAUGGGCAACGGAGGGAUGGGCGGAGGGAUGGGCGGCGGAGGGAUGGGCGGAGGGAUGGGCGGCGGAGGGAUGGGCGGAGCUGGGGGCAACAUGGGAGGCGGGAUGGGCGGACCAGGGUCGUUUUCUCCCUGA